AUGGCGGUUCCAGACAUAGCCCAAUCCAAUGAUGUGUUGCUGAUUCAAGUUGAUCCGGGAAUGACACCCAUGUGUACCUUUGUCCCAAGGCAACUCAACAAAGACCAGAUGAUGUCUCUUUUCCCAGAAUCAUGGAUUACGAAAUAUGAGAUGCUUCAUCAAGAAACUAAACCAAUCCAGUCUAAAGAUCCUCUCUUUAUCAGAAAAGCAAAUGGUGAAGUAGAAACAAAAUUCUUGAUGGCACCAUCAGAGAAGAAGGAUGUCACAGUUUUCCCAACUCAAAUUGCUAUGCUCCAACUAGUAUCCUAUGUUGGUGAAGAAGGACUUCAAAUCAAAGCAUUUCGAGAAGAUGGAAAGCCUUGUUAUGAAGGGAAAUCAUCCUCCGGUCACAUAUGGUGGGACGUUUGUGAUUGUGUUGAUUGCCAGAAAGAAGAAAGCUUUGAAGAAGACUAUUCCAAGAGAAAGAAAAAAUCCUCCCAGCAAAAGCUCAAAGAAAGAUAUAAAGCAGGAGAUCCAGAAGUUGACCUUCUAGGAGAGCCCUCUGGAAAGUUUGAUUAUUAA